UUCUUUGAUGUUUUGUUAAAGCAAUUGUAAACUCAGGCGUUGGCAUGCCCAGAUGUGGUCCAGCAAGUCCAUGUAGAGGACACUUAAGUACUAGGUGUAAUGCUUUGUGCGUUGACUCCUCUCGAAAUCUAGGUAGUCAAUAUCUGAUCAGAGAUCACAUGGUGUUUCAUUAUAACAGAAUUCUUUCAGCCAAAGCAGCUGUAGACUCUUCAGCACCCAAAAGUAGGUCGACCAGCAUCAAACUUGCUGACCAGCAAAGAAGAGAGAAACUGAGAAAGAGGAUGGGCAAGUGUGAACAGAAAAUGUGUAUGUGUGAAGCUGCCUCUCAGUCCUGUUCAAAAGACAAUGGAAGAUCACUGCCAUCCUCUUUUAAAAAGACUUUCAUGGAAGUAGAAGACAAUCUCUUCCCCUGUUCUGGGCAGGCACAGUGCCUAUCAAAAGCAACAUCUCCUUGUGCCGGGCAUUGCUUGGUUCACUGCAGUCCCAUAAAAAUCACCAGGAAAUGUUCUCGGAAUACAACCAGGGCACCUUACUCAAACUCAAGUAUCUGUGUGUCAAGGCCACCAGUUAAACACACUGUACUGUCACGCAGUCGCUCCACCGAGAGUUUGGUGAGCACCGGCUGUUCCCACAAGUGUCGAGGGCACCACCACAGAGUGAGGAGCGGGGAUAUCCUAGAGACACACUCUGAAUACUUUACCAGGAGCCAGAAACCGUUUACUCCACGCACCUUAAUAUCAGAUGCUAAACCUUUCCUGUCAGACUACAGGUUUUACACUCCUGCUCAAAGGAGGAGGAAAAAUCACCACAAGCUGCGUGUGGAAGCUCAAACACAGACUGAUAUGAUCAGCUUUCCAGCUGCAGACAAAACGUGUGUGAGAAAAGUUACGAGUAAACAGCAGAAGAUCACAUCAAAGGCUGAAGAUAAAAGACAUACUUUGGAUGAGCAUGGGAGAGGAGUAGGUUGCUGUCAAGCCUCCAUCCUAAGGGAGACAGCAUGCUGUCCUCAUAAGUCUUCACUAAAGAGGACUGUCGAUACUGAAGAAGAGGAGCUUUUAUAUUUAACUUUCAUUGAAGAUGUAACAAAUGAAAUUCUUAGACUUGGCGUGUUUUCUAACAGGGUCCUGGAUGAACUGUUUGAGUGCUAUAUAGAAGAAAAUAAGAACCGCCUCAAUGAGGGCAAAAUGCGCCAGAUGUUGGAAGUGCUGAAAUCAGACCUCGGCUGUUGCCAGGACAGCGAGACAGAGCUGAUGCAUGCAGGCCAGGAAGCCUUGGACCCCCUGCAUGUGCAGGAGUUUGAUGUGCGAGAACAGCUCGAGGUUACCAGUAAAGGUCACAGGGUGAGGAAAGCUACAAAGAGUGAAGAAUUCUGUGAGACCACGGAGAUGUUAAAGGAACCAAACAAAUGUGAAUCAAUGUCAUGGAGCGAAAGGUCAAGGGAGACACUGAUCAGAGAGGAGUUUUCAGAAGAUACCACAGAAACUGCGGAUGCUGGGACAGAGUCCGAUUCCUGUGGUGUGGAAUUUGAAGAACACCCAGGCACUUCACACACCUGUAAGGGAGCUUUAAACUUGAUGGCUUGUGACUGUGAUUCAGAAGUCAAUAAGGAAAUUGAUGAACUUAAGGAAAACUUUACAGGGACCCUUCACAUUUCACAUAAGUAUUCAUAACAGUAACCAAAACAUACCUGUUGAACGGGGAUUGAGCUCCUUUUGUGGUGAAUUGCCAUUUGUCAACCAGGAGUAAAUUGUUCGGCUUACUUUCAGUUAUUUCUGUUUAAGUCCUACUAAGAUCUCUCUAGCAGGAUACUAUUAAUUGGGCAUUAAUCUCUGUGUAAAUUAGACCUUAAAGGAUAAAGGGUUGGUUAUCAGUAGAAUUUUGUAUAUUUUGCCUAUAAUUGUAUUACUCAAACUUUAGAAUAUUAAAGUCAGAUUUAUAUUUUUAGAGCUGUAACAGUAAGUUAGGAAAUAUUUCUUAUUUUAAAUAAAUUAAUUGAUAGUGUAGUGUGAUUGAUAUAGUCCUGCUAUAAAGAUCUGAGAUUUUGUAGUUAUAAGAAUUCAGCAAUUUAACAUAAUUUAACAUAAAUUUAAUAUCAGACAAUGUCCUCUUCCAGAACGGACAAACAGUUCCACCAUGUAGUGUACUACAUUACCACUCACAGAAGCCCACAAGUGAAAAAUCAAAUUAUUUCACAAGAAAAUCCAACUUUUAACAGAUCUGUGUAGAUUAAUGACUGUAGUUUAUUUUCAGUUCUUAACUAAAUGAGACUGCUGAGUCAAAUUUCUUGUAUGAAUGACAGCCAUGGCAUACCAUUAUGCAUCAAGCUUUAGUUUUGGAAAAGGACUGAAUUGCUUACUGUUAUGAUGACUAGGACUAUCUAGAAGACGCAUCAGGCACCUUGUACAGCAAAUGAAAAAGAGGUGCUGUAUUUUCUGGUUAAAGUUUAAAUUGAAGUUAGCACAUACAUUGCACAAAAUCAACCCAAAUGUCACUGUUUAAUCAGAAUACAGCUAUUACCUGACGUUCCCGUUGCUGAGCUCAACAGGUUCUGAGGAAAUGCUGGCAAGUUACAUUGUCUUGUGUAGGUGAGGAACUAGGAGAAGUCUUAGGAACCUGGAUAAAGCUUGUCCUCUAAACUUCCCUAGGGUCAGUUUUUAACCUUCCUCCUCCAGGAAGCCCAAGUUGUACCAGUUCUUACAUAACUGCCAGCACCUGCCUCCCCUGUGCCUCGUGAGCAUCGACCCAAGUCUGUGACUCUGUCGGCCAGAGGACCCAUUGCAGCUUUGAGUAGCUCCUAUAGACUGACCUCUGCUUCACUAAACUUUCAGAAAAAAAAGAAAUGUCAAAAAAUAGCUAGAGGAGACCAGUCAGAGAAAAACAUGUGUGGCACAAUCACAGCAUUGCAGUGCAGAACACGAUUCCCAAAGAAAGGAACAGGCACUUUCCUGGGUGCCUUGUCUGCAGUAAUAAAUUGCUCUUGUCAACAAUGGCAGGAGACCAGAGUAUUUCAGCCAUGUCCAUGUGGCUGGGCAGAUGGGCACCAGCCUUUCAUUUGCCACACUCAGCUGGGCUGCCUUGUAAAUCUGGCCUGCAGCAUGAGUGCUCUGCCUCACUGGAAAGCAUGUGAGAUAAUGUGAGGAGUUCUUCAUUCCCAUCAGAGCCUGUCUUGUUGAAAAGGAGUGGCCACUGGGCUACGUCAGUACAGUACAGGGAGUGUUUGUCCUCAAUCCCAAGUGGUCAGAGACCUUCUCCAAGCUUGAAGGAAAUUCCCCCUCUAUUCCUUGCCCCAGAGAGCUGAACAGAAGGGAUGCCCUAGGAAACUUGUUUCUACUUUACGAAGAAUUCUGAUGCACAGGGACUGGUUCGAAAACUAAAGUGUGGUUAGAUGUAUCCAAGUAUAGAGCCUCCUUGCUCCUCUGACAGAACUUCACCCACUCUUGGGGCCCUCCAUUCCAAGUUCUCCAUUCUUGGUCAAUAAUGGGAAUUUAGUUGGCUCUUCUUCCUUACAUGUCUCCACACUUGUGACUUGUACAUCGUAAAAGAUGUCAUUCAGCAAACCUUGGCUUCUUGUCAACAUGAGUCUGAUUAAAGAUGAAUAAGAAUUUCACCUUCAUGUUCUGUAAAUGAAAAAAUAUUGUAAGAAAACACCACAGCAGUGAACCUCACAGAAAGGCACAAGUAAUGACAUACCCAUUUCUUGUAAUACAACACAAAAAUAAAUAAAAACAGUUCCUUGACCAUA